AUGAGAAAGAUCACUCCCUUAGUUGUUUCUGGUUCUUCCGCUAUCGGUAAGAAUGCCUUCGCCUCAAGAUUAGUUAAGGAACACCCUGACAUGUUCAAGUUAGCUCCUCCUGUCAACCAAACCUAACAAAUGGAACAAGAAUACUUCCAAGCUGAAAAGGAAAACAAGAUUCCCAUUUUCCAAGUUAACGAAGUUGAACUCGCUGGAAGCAUCAAGCAAAAAGUUGGAACUGCCAAUGGUCUCCACAUUAUUCCCCCCAACAUUGAAACUUUUAGAGAAAGACUUGAAAAGGCUGAAGAAAGCACUGUUGAAAAAAUCAACAGAACUUGCGAACAAAUCAAGACUGAAUUGAACAAAGCCUUCGAAAGCGACUUAUAUAGCACUGAAGACUUUAUUGUAGCCAACAAAGAUUUCGAAAAGUCUUAUUAGCAAUUCAAGAAGAGAGUUUUCGUCAUGUACAAGUAAAACUGA